UGCAUUGCAAGACGAAUUUCAGUGUCACGUUGCUGUUGACAAGAGUAAAACCAACUCUACUGGAGAGCGGCCAUCUUGGCCAGUUGAGUGUGAGGUAGAGAGGAGCUUAGCGUCUGCACCGUACGCUGUACCUCACGGUAAGAGGAGUUCUCCGGCUGCGACCGAGCCACCUGUAUUUCAUCCUCCUCCAGGCAUGGAGAGCGCAAGAGUUGCUGAAACACAGCAGAACGUACUACUCGAGGUCCUCGGCUACUGCAGGGUAAACUUCCUGCUCAGCCUUUACAUCACAGGUUUCUUGCAUGCAGCAGUGCAGAGGCUCGAGCAGAAGAUCGACAACCUGCAGUCCAAACACAGGAAUCCAGAGAUCUCAGAAGAGACGACUGUGGCAGUAGGAGACUGUCAGCUCUCCUGGUCCCUGGUUCAGCGUCUUGGGCCUUCACCUCAAACAGAACACCUGGGAAACCCUGUAGGGGGGUGGGACUCAGCGAACGUCCUUCCGCACAACGUCGGUGGAAAGAGGAACCAGCGUAGGAGACAGCGAGCUCAGAGAGUGUCCGAGCCAAAACAGGAAGCGGCUAGAGAUGCUAAAGAGGAGGAUCCGCGAGAUAACAACAUGCAGAAGAACGACAGAGCGAAGCGUCAGAGAAAACAUAGGAAACGUCCCGCUGCAGCUAGAUCUGAACCCGAGGAGGCGCCAAGCAUAGAGGAGAAGAAGAGAACGCAACAGCUCAUUCGUAGGGACGUGUACGACGUAUGUUUUAAGUCUUCAGGAUUGAGGAGUUUACGCUUUGCGGUUUCUAGUUAUAAAGAAUAACGCAGUACACGUGACAGUCUGACGUGUCUCAGGACACACCGUGGGAAGGGAGCUCUUCUUUACUGCGUGUGAUGGAUGCUCUCGUUUCACACUUUGCCAGGAUUAAGCUGAUCUGUUUUUAUUGUCUGAAUAUAACAUUUAAAUAAAGAUUCAUUGUGGGGUUUUUUUUCAUAAUUAAUUUCUUUUUGCAAAUAAACUGAAUUGACGUCAA